AUGAUGACAGGAAAUAGAAUGAGACGUUUGAUGAACAAAAAGCCAAUUCAGGAUGUUGACUUGAUUUCUGAGUUGCCCGACCCCAUCAUUCAACAUAUCAUGUCCUCUUUGCCCUACAAAGAUGCCGCAAGGAUGAGUAUUCUGUCCAAGAGAUUUGCAUCUGCAUGGACUUCCUUUCCUAUCAUCUUUCUUGACGAAACCCUGAACAUGGGAUCGUGCCUUGAGUUGACAGGUAAACAGAAAUUAAAUAGUUUUUUGGGCUAUGUGGGUGAUUUUCUUUCUCGUCGCCGACUGGAUGUUAGCUUAGAAAAAUUUAGCUUUUGUUUUUGUCUAAAUAAUAGCUCUGAGCAACCAAAUGGUGGUAUUGAGAAUGCAAUUAGUUAUGCAAUAGAGAAUAACGUGAAAGAGCUAGAGCUAGAUUUUGUUGGAAAAAGUUUCAAAUGUAUGGCACAUUAUAGUUUGCCGAUGAAAGUAUUGUCUGCUCAAAGUAUUAUAGCUUUGAGUUUGAAAGGGUUCAUGUUGGAGCCACCCCAGAAUUUGGCCUUGGAUUUCCCUUUCAUAAAAGAAUUGAGAUUGGAAAAGUGUAAGGGGAUGCAAACACUCAGUGUUUCAAGCCAAACACUCAAGAUUGUGGUGUUGGAAUCUUGUCAAAGGCUGGAGAAGGUUGAAAUCGAUGCUUCGAAUCUCGAAUCCUUCUCGUUCGGUGGAGGAGCAAACUCAUCCUGCAGCGUCGAUAUCACCGCUUGCAAGUCCCUCGAAUACUUAUCUUUGAGGAAUGCUGAGAUCACAGAUGAAUGGAUUAAACAUGAAGUUGCUCAGUUUCUUCAACUUGAGGUUUUCAAAGUUGUUGGUUGUCGACUAUUGGAAAACUUCCAUGUUUCCAAUGCUAAUCUUAAGACAGUGGAGCUAAGUGAUUGCUCAAAUUUACAGAAGAUUGAGAUUUAUUCACGAAGCUUAAACAAAUUUGUUUACGGUGGUCAGUUAAUGCCAUCACAAGUUUUCAUUUAUUCUCCAUCUUUCCAUGCUAAGGUCUCAUUGAGUGUAGAUCAUCCACUCCCCCAUGAUUGGUUCUCGAGCUUCAGGGAUUUUCUUUCAUGCUUCGACCAUUGCAAAGAGUUGGAAAUUGCUUGCAGUAUUGAGAUGGCUUUGAUUGUUCCAAUAGAUUCAAGGGACAACUUGCUUCCUCCAUUGUAUGACCUCAAGUAUCUGAAGGUAGUCGCAAAAUUUCCAACAAAAUCGGAGGACCUCGUGGGCUUGUUGGAUAGUUUGCUUUGGUUUGCUCCUCGUUUAACAGUAUUAUCUUUUGUUACGGGUAGCAAGGAAAAAUCUCUUAAGUUUGAAUAUGAUAUAGCAGUAGCUAUAGAUGAAGAUCUCGAGUGCUGCUACUCGAUGCCUAUAAAGUGUUGGCGACACUCUUUAAAGAAAGUUACAAUGGAGAACUUUGAGGAUCGUGAAGUUGCUAUUCUGCAGAGGUUCUUCGCACAAAAGGCGACAAGGUUGGAAGCAACUUCAAGGGAAGACAGUGCUAGUGCUGAUGCUUCAGCCGAGGAAGGAGUUUCUCAAGGUUCUGGUUCGGUGAACACUCGGAAUAUCGGUGAUCUAGGGGCUAUUAUCAUGGCUAACUUUUUUGAUGUUAAUGAUACAUUAGAAAUUAUGAUGUGA